AUGAGCGACGUAUUUGAAGGGUACGAGCGUCAGUACUGCGAGCUCUCAACCAAUCUCUCCAGAAAAUGUCAUUCUACAUCGCUUCUCUCCGACGGAGAAGAGAAGAAGGGGAAAAUUGGUGAGAUUAAGUCUGGAAUAGACGAAGCUGAUGUCUUGAUCCGGAAAAUGGAUCUUGAGGCAAGAAGUUUGCAGCCGAGUGCUAAAGCUGUGUGUCUUUCUAAACUAAGAGAAUACAAGUCUGAUCUGAACCAACUGAAGAAGGAAUUCAAACGAGUCUCUUCCCCAGAUGCUAACCAACAAUCUACACGUGAAGAGCUCAUGGAAUCCGGAAUGGCCGAUCCUCAUGCAGUAGCAGCUGAUCAGAGAGGGAGAAUGGCAAUGUCAAUGGAGAGGCUUGACCAAUCAAGCGACAGGAUCAGGGAGAGUAGAAGAACCAUGCUGGAGACAGAAGAGCUUGGCGUCUCAAUUCUUCAAGAUCUUGGUCAGCAACGCCAAACCCUCCUUCACGCUCACACCAAGCUUCAUGGUGUAGAUGACGCCAUUGACAAGAGCAAGAAAGUGUUGACGGCUAUGUCAAGAAGAAUGACAAGGAACAAAUGGAUCGUUACUUCGGUAAUCGUGGCUCUCAUUCUCGCCAUCAUAUUGAUCAUCUCAUUCAAGCUUUCUCACUAA